CGAUCAUUCUCCAAUCUUCAACGUGACUUCAAAAUCAUCACCCACGACCAUAAUAUAAGUCACAGUGAAGGCAAAAGAAGCAACAAGUUAGAGUGUAGUUGAAAUUGAUGAUGAAGAUGGCAAUUCAUAAGCCAAUGAACCAUCUUCGUAGUUACUCACACACCAAUGUUUUGUCUUCAAAACUGCCACGUGUCUCUUCCGCCACUUGUCGGCGGCUGCCACCGUGGAGUUGCUCUUUACGUCUCAGCAACCAUCGUGGCAUCCAAUCGGGACGGCGAUCCGGUGGCUACCCUCCUUCCAUUUGGGAUUUCCACUACAUUCAAGCACUAAACUCUGAGUAUAAGGGGGAUAUGCACCAGUUCCGGGCCGCAGGCAUGAUUGCUCAAGUGAAGAUGCUGCUGCUGCACCAACAACGUUUCGAACUGAUCGAUGACCUGCGAAGACUGGGCAUAUCUUGUCAUUUCCGACACGAAAUCGCACAAAUAUUAAACUCCAACUAUAUAAACAACUAUCAUGAGACAAAUCAAAAGGAUUUGUACUCAACAUCUCUCAGAUUCAGACUCCUCAGACAAUAUGGCUUCACCAUCUCUCAAGAUGUGUUUGAUUGUUUCAAGAAUGACAAGGCUACUGAUUUUGAUACCAAAGGAUUGUUACAACUCUACGAAGCUUCGUUUCUAGCAACACGUGGCGAAGAAACGCUAGAAAUUGCUAGAGAAUUUGCUGCUAAAUCUCUGCAUAAAAGAGUAGUUGAUCAUGAAAUUGAUGACAUUCAUAUCUUAUCAUCAGUUGAAGCUGCAUUUGAGUUCCCUUCUCAUUGGAGGGUUCAAAUGCCAUAUGCGAAAGGCUUCAUCGAUGCUUACAAGAAGAGACACGGCAUGAAUCCAGUUGUGCUAGAGCUAGCCAAAUUGGACAUAAACAUUGUUCAAGCACAAUUUAUAGAAGAACUCAAAGAGACCUCUAGGUGGUGGGAGAGCACAGGGCUUGCUCAAGAGCUUCCCUUUAUAAGAGAUAGAAUAGUGGAAUGCUACUAUUGGACGAAUGGAGUGGUCGAACGUCGUGAACAUGGAUUCGAGAGGAUAAUGCUCGCCAAAAUUAAUGCUCUUAUUACAGCUAUAGACGAUAUCUAUGAUGUUUAUGGCACUCUUGAAGAGCUCCAACUAUUCACAGAUGCUAUUAGAAGAUGGGAUAUUGAAUCAAUUGACAAACUUCCUCCUUAUAUGAAAGUAUGCUAUCUUGCACUAUACAACUUUGUGAAUGAGAUGGGUUACUACACUCUCAAGGAUAAAGGCUUCAACUCCAUCCCAUUUCUACACAAAGCGUGGGUAGAUUUGGUUGAGGCAUAUUUGAUAGAGGCAAAUUGGUACCACAAGGGGUAUAAACCUAGCUUGGAAGAAUACAUCAACAAUGCUUGGAUAACCGUGGGAGGCGUCCCCGUUCUAUCCCACCUUUUCUUCCGGGUAACGGAUUCGAUAGACAAGGAGGCUGCCGAGAGCGUGCAUAAAUACCAUGAAAUUGUUCGUGCAUCGUGCACGAUUACAAGGCUUGCUGACGAUAUGGGAACAUCACUGGCUGAGGUGAAGAGAGGCGACGUGCCAAAAUCAGUUCAGUGCUACAUGAACAAGAACAAUGCUUCGGAAGAAGAGGCGCGAACGCAUGUUCAAUCACUCAUAGAGGAGACAUGGAAGACGAUGAAUAAGGAAAUGAUGGAUUCUCCAUUUUCAACAUGUUUUGUAGAAGUUUGUGCUAAUCUUGCUAGAAUGGCACAACUUAUAUACCAAAAGGAUUCUGAUGGAUUCGGAAUGCAACACUCGGUUGUUAACAAACAGCUCAGAAGCUUGCUGUUUGAACCCUAUGAAUGAAGAUGAGAUAGUCUUGCAUUGUGAGUUGAAUAAGAAGAAGGAAAAUAUAUGUUACUACUACUAUUUAUUAUAGAGUAUAAAUCCUCUUUUGGUCCUUUAUA